AUGAUAUGCAGUAAUGAGCAAGAAUGCGACGAUGGCAGUAGAAGAAGAGGCAAGAAAAUGAGAGAACCUACUUCGUCCGACACUAAUUCCACUUGCAUCGGCCGGGGAUCGAACCCCUGGGCCAACAGGGGGAAGGUGAAGACGUCGCUGGAGAACCCCACGCUGUACCACGUCAUCCAGAAGCAGAGGAACCAAGUGCGGCAGUACCUGUGCGAGACGCGCCAGCCCGGCGGGUCCGCGGGCUCGGGCGGGGGCGGCGGCGGUGGCGGGGGCGGCUCUGGGGCAGGGGCGGCGCUGGGCGCGCGCCUCAGCGAGCUGCAGUCGGAGCUGGGGCAGGCUCAGAGCGCCCCGCCCACCAUGCUGCGGCGCGCCCCCUCGUCCGCCUCCGCCACCGCCCCCAGCCCCGACGCCGCCAUGUCGCCGUCCCUCAGCUCCGUCACCACGAGCGCCUCCGAGGUGCACAUGUUCGAAGCUGCAAAAGGUGAAUACGUCUGGCGAUAA